CCCUAUAUAAACCCUAAACCAUCAGCAUUGUACAAAAAAAGAAAGAAGGAAAAAAAAAAAAAACAAAACAAAAGCAUUAAAACAUAGAGUGAAGAUGUGGUUCACCAAACUUUCCUCAGCUAUAUGCUUCAUGACCCUAUGUUUAUCUCACUUGUCAGAAGCUCAAAAUUCUCCUCAAGACUUUGUGAAUGCUCAUAACGUGAUCCGUGCUGCGGUUGGAGUUGGCCCUCUUGUUUGGAACCGAACUGUGGCUUCUUAUGCUCAAAAGUACGCCGAUAAAAGGAUGAAGGACUGCGAGAUGGAGCAUUCGUAUGGACCUUAUGGUGAAAACCUUGCUGAAGGCUAUGGCAACUUGGAUGGUGUUGAUGCUGUCAAAAUGUGGGCUAGUGAAAAGCCUGAUUAUGAUCACAGUUCCAACAGCUGCGUUAGUGGUGGUGAUGAUUGCUUGCACUAUACUCAAAUUGUUUGGAGCAAGUCGGUUCAUCUUGGGUGCGGUAGAGCUAAGUGUGCCAAUGGUUGGGUUUUUGUCAUUUGCAGCUAUGAUCCAGUUGGAAAUGUUGAGGGUGAACGCCCUUAUUAACCACCAUUGUUCUGCUUCUUUCCCUCCUUUAAUCUAUGCUGUGUUUAAUUUCCUUAAAAGUUAUAGAGAAAAAGGAAUUAUAUAUGAAUGUCAUAACUGUUGUCUUAUACAGACUAUAAUUCAUGUGAACUUUUAUAUCUUUGUUUAA